UGCAGAAAGGCAACCAUUCAAAUAUCGAACUGUUGGAGUCCUGCUGGCCCAGGAAAUGUAACUGUCGUUAAAUGAAAGCUUUUAUCGUCCUCGAAGACGUGACUGAUUUACAUACUGGAUUUGUACUUCUUAGUUGACGUGCCGCCGCAAAUCACAUGCAGAAUGACGCUAUGGUGUACACGGUCAACGCCUGGGAUUUCUUCUUCUUUUGCCUCACAACACUGUGCGUUACUAUGACCGUAUGGCGAUUGGUUCAAUACAUAUCCAAUCAGAGGAUUGCCAAGCCGAGCCGCUCGGGUAUAAAUAGUACCUUCGAACAUAAAAAGAAUUCAUCGCUCGCCCAACCACGGCCACACGAUUUGUCGUAUGCUCCGAAUUUAACCACCAUGGACGAUAUGGAGGACUCUUCUAUUAGAUGCCCCUUCGUGGCCACGCCACAGAAUUCUACAGAUACUGACGGGGAUACGGACUCCUGUGGCACAGAAAUUGACGACCAGCGUAGGAAGCCUGUUUGUAGAGCCGAUUCAGCGAAACGCCCAAAGCAAGUACCUAAAGAUCUGCCGAUCGGCCACGACAGCGAGGAAGGUAUGGACUCACCAUUGCGCGUUGUUUCGUCCACACCUGAAGUACGCGUUCUGCGUGAAAACAUCGAAGCGUCAUUAAGCGACAAAGAACGAGCGGAAGAGCAACGCAUCCGUUCGAAGCAAAUGGCUCGCAUUCACAGUCUGAUGCAGUCGCAGCCUGAUCGUUUUGGAUCAAUGUCCAUUUCUGAUAUGCAGCUUCAAAUGGAUCGUUUCUACGCCGAUGGGAAACACAUUACAGAACAUCCAAGCUAAGCUUGCUUACCUUCAUUUUCCUCGCGGUCAUGGAGGACUUUGACCACGCCCUGCUUGUAAAUAGAAACAUAAAAGCCUUUGCCUAAUGGAAUUGAACUUUGUGUUUACGGAGCACUUUUUUGCACAUGACACACAUGCACACUAGUAAUAGUCUCCAUGUACCUGGUAUACAUAAGAUUUGCUGCAUUUAAUGAACGUUUUGCGGAUGAAGGUGGGCGUGUCCAAUCGUGGAUGGAUAGGUGGAAUACUUCGCAAGCAAUUCCUUCUGGUAUCACAGUGGUCGUUUGUUGUGAGAUUACACAUGGACCAAAAUAUAGUUUGAUACUAAGAA